CGUCGGUUCCGUGGUUGGUUCAACCAACCAGUUCAACUCUUCUUCUAAGCGUUCCGAAAGAUGGUGGGGGGGGAGGAGAGGGCCAAUAGUGGUUGCGCACCGAACCAGUUCAACGGUUCAACUUGGUUUUGCGCUUUGCAACAGCGGCGAAUGGGCGCAACUCACGCGCAGGUUUGAUGGCGGGAAAUACUCCGCAAGUCAGAAGACACGUCAUGGGUGCAGUGCGUGGUCUUUGUUGUUACCAGUAGAGAUGCUGUUUCAGCUGUGUUUCUACACAUUCGCAUAAGCUGCUGCCUCUGAAUUCGAUUUCUGGCGCGUCUCGGCGCGUGUCAGCAAACCGCGGCAGCUGACAAGCGGUUCGAAGUCUUCCCCGAGCGAUGGCCAACGUCGUCACGCAUAGCCGAAAUCUCUUCACCCGUUACGACGGCGGUCCCAUGUGCUUCUCGCUCAUUCCGUGCGCGGAGCGGAAAGAGAUUCGAGAGAUGAUCGAGUACGGUGGUGGGAUGCUCGUGCAGCCUGGCGUGAACCCGCGAGCCAUCAGACUGGUGCCCGCCGGCGUCACGGUAUCCGUGGAUGACCGCGACCCAGUCUUCUCGACCGAGUUCAUCAGGGAGUGCUCCAAACGCGACCUGCUACUCCCGCUCAGGAACUUCGCAGUCGAAGCGCGGAGUUCCUCUCUGGAGGACGGCGUCGAGGACAUCGACGACGAAGGGGAGGCUGCGCACCGGGUCAGAGGCCUGCGGUCAAUACGGUUGAGGAGAGACUUCUCCCUGGGCGAAGACAUCAGCCUCGCUAAGUUCAUGGCCAAAGAACCCGGGCCUAUAGGAGGCAACGAAGUCUACAAGCGCCUGGAAAGGUCCGGCCUUGCCGGUAAGCACAGCUGGCAGGCCCUCAAGGAGCGCUACCGGAAGAAAAUCUACCCGAUGAGGCACCUGUUCGAGUCUCCAGCGAUCACGAAACCGCAGAGGCUUCGUGGUACGCUCGCUCACCCGCACGACAAAAAUCGGGCAUGCCCGCCCCCGGAGUCGUGGAACGUCCCGGGCACUUCUGGCUCAGCGGUGCCAACGCCUCGCGCAGCCGCCGACGCGAAUGAACAGAACUCGCCCGCCACUUCGACUUGCAGUUCGCACGUUGUGCCAGAAACUGAUUAUGAUGCGCUUUGCGACGAGUCUCCGCGCCUGCGAAACAGCUCCAACGAAUUGGGCACCACACAGCCUUUCGUCCCAUCAUUGUCUGGCAGCGUCGAUGACGUCUUGCGCGGCAAGCCUCCAGAGUCUCAAGAGGCUGUUCAUGAUCACAGCACAGAGACCUUUGUCCCCAGACUGUCUUUGGAAGGAAGCAUUUCAACCAAGUUACCCGACACUCCUGGCUUUGAUCUCUACGGUGACUCGGAGCCUUUUGAUGUCACCAGUUUAGAAGGACAAGCUGCAUCGCCGAGCGACUCGCUAGAAGUCCCGGAGGAGACGUCUUCCGGAACCGUCGUAAACGAGACGCCAACCGACGGCUCCUCCGAACAUUCCAGCAUGUUUGCACCUUUGGCAACGGCCCCAAGGGUCUCUUCGAGUCAAGCUCUGCAUUUGCAUAGAGAAGGUGGUGGGCCCUCGCUUUCGGAGCUUUGCUGCAGCCCGGGCGACCUCGAACUCCUGCGGGGGAAACUUUCGGAGCUUGCAUCCCACGACAUGCCAGAAAGCCAAGGGAACCCACACUUGGCGUCAUUUCCAGACUUUCCUUCCGGCACCCAAGGCCGUCGACCGACCCCGGAGCCGGACCCAAAGUUGCUGGACGCUCAGGUCUUUGCGGGAGAAGAUUCCAGCAGCGUCCUGCCAAGGGCAUUACAAUGUGGAAGCGAGCGCCCUAGGACCGCCGUCGUCUUAGGGCAGAGAAGGCCUCUGGGCUUUCCUGAGGAUGGCGCCGAACAAGAGCCGAGCGUAAGGAAAACAAGUAUGGCCUGUUCUCGGGCGGCCCUAGCACCAAGUAGUCAGAUUCCGAGUUCCAGCGGCCAAGCAUGGUCGCAGCCUACCCCUGACCGGACGUACCAGUCGAGCGGCGAGUAUGAGACCGCGUCCAGCAAAAGUGCGUCACCAUCUCGCGCCGCAAUUGAGUCGCUGUUGGACUUGUUGACCGGGGAGAACUCUCCUCCUUCGAGCCUCAGGCAGAAAGUGAAAGUCGUCAGCCCCAUCGCGUCAUCGAGACUGCAACAGUUCUCCCUGCAUCCCCUGCACGCUACAACCGGCAAGAAAGACUGGAGCCCUUCGUUACUGAACGAUAAGGACCGCGAGAUGGAAGUGGAUCCGCUACCACCAACCGCGGGGUCAUCGUCGGACAUGUCCCUCACCCUCGGGUCAGAGGCCAAUGAUAUCUGGGACCGGUCCCGCGAUGUGGGACGGCGUGAAAGCCCUCGUCGGGCGGUCCGCCGGAGCGUCUCGCCUCCGGGGGCCGUGCUCGAGCGGGAGGGUUCCCCAGUGGAGUGCGAACAGCCUGGUCCCAGUGGAGCGUCGGUUCCAGACGGUGCUGCAGUGUCUUCCGGCGAAGACGACGACUUGGACAGCUGCGACAGUGUCAUUGUCCGAAAGGGAAAGACUGGCAAGGUGAGUUCCGUCAGUUUUUUUCCUUGCCCGCUUUUACGGUGGUAGCCGUAUAUGGCCCGCAAUACCAGCCGGUAGGCGCUGUGCAACCGUUGUGGCUGAGAGGCUCGAUUCGGCGGGGAAAUAUAAGGGGUGGAUGGUGGCCACGUGACGAAAAAGACAUGGUAUGUGGCACCAGGACCUCGCUCAACAUCGUGACGUCUUGUGACACCUUAACGUCUUGCGUGACAUUGUCGCCGCACGUGAUACCACCAUACGAGGUGGCGCUGUUGUCGCAUGAUGUCUUGGCGUCACGUCGUCCCGUGGCACUUCCCACUAAAUUUAUCGGAGGAUGCUUCCCAUUAAAUUUAGCGGGGCGCAUCCCUAACUGGAAACACUUCCCCAGAUCAGACAAUCCAAAUGUACACUGGGAGUAUUCACGGGUUUUGCCGUAUUGCCAACUGCACCUUCUUGACCUUGCACUAAAGGGGUAUGAUGGUUGUAGCGUUCUACUAAAGAAACAAAACAGUUGGCUCGUGUCUCCCCUGCAUGCUUGAUUUUCGUUUUUUUUUUGUCUCAGUUUGAACGGUAUGGCAAUCUGCUUUGAAAAUUAGGUAAACGUGCAGGGACUACCUUAAGCAUGGAGUCACUGGCAGGGUGUGCAAAAACCGCAUUGACUGGCUCACACCCUCGGACCGCAUGACACCCUCUCACACCCUCGGACCGCAUGACGGACCCUCUUCAAGAGUCCAUCGAGCAACAUUGACGGUUGUCGUUUCGAAGCGCGCGAUUGAAUCCGAGUUUGCGCCGAACGCCGAUGCAGCCCCUCGUGUCCAAUGCUCACUUGGAGCACGUGCCCACACGACGGCGGACUCGCAUAAUUGGCACAGUAGUCGCUAGACGGCGCACACUUUUGAAAAAGCGUCUAUUCGAGUUUGCGAAGUAUGUCGCAUUGUACCUCGUCACAAAAAUGUAUGUGAGCUUUGUUUCUUUUAUUCUCGCUUUUAAUAUUUGAAGUAGAUUCUGUAUUUGUCACUGGGUGUCCGGAUAAUCCACAGCGGCGCAAAAGCAACAUCUUUGGUCGUGAACUCGACGGAAAGGCCAAUGUAGCCGAAUCACUCGCCACAGUCGGGGAAACUACAGUCGGCCGUUUUCUCGUUUCCACGCGCAGUUCGGCCUCCGAGCAAAUCUUUGACCGAAGUAAAAAAAGAAUAUAUAGGUUGUGCCGCAAGUCAUUGUUUACACACUUGUGUUUGCUUACCACAGAAUUCUUGUGAUCUUAGCUUACCUCAUUGAUCACGCCAGCAAGAGAAUGUGCCAUCUACGAGGCGACCGUGAAACGGCAUUUCACUAGAGCAAAGGUUUUGGAGUAUUUGUGAUAUCAAGUGUAUGUUCAUCCCUUGUAGCAUUAAUACCAAAAUCUAUCACAUGCUAGCCCACAUUGUCAUUCCUAGAUUAUUUUUUGUGAUUGAGUCUUACAAGGGGCACUGUGCUCCUAAUACUUUAUUUUCUAAAUGGAUGAAAAAGAUUACGCAAUACAUACCUCACUCGUUGCUUUUCUAAUUUAAAGCAAGUUCGUCGGCAUUUAGCUCUUUAUCGUAUGCAGAGGGGAUUGUGUUCUUCGCCGUUUUUUUUUUUCUCGGCUUGUUUCGAUGUUAGUGACGGCAUAGAAUUUACCAUUCUUUGCAAAGUCCAGAAUUUCGGAAACGACGCAUGCGGUCUUUCCCAGUUAAGGAUUACGGACGGUACGGUGUUAUCAGCGAACGCCGUGUCGUUUCUUUCCAGUCGUGGAGAGCGGUUAUAGACGUGAGCAGCAGCAGUGACGACGACGAGGGUGCAGCUUCCAGACAGCAGCAACCGUUGGACAAAGAAGUGCUUAAGCAGCACCAAAGAAACCUCCAGUUGAUGUUGGAUGCCAAAAAGAAGACGGAGCAGAAGUGGCGCAAGCAGCGCCCCCACAGGAGGUGUCCUCCGAACUGCUCGUGUCCGCAAAGUGCCCACCAUGCCGAGCUGCUGCGACUGCUCACUCGCACGCACGCCAUACUCGCGUUUCACGAUUCCCUCGAUGCCGACCCAGAAGCGUGUGCGUCCGCUCUCUUGUCGGAACUGAUCGAGCGACGGCGUACCAACGUUCCUGCUCCGAUUUCCGCCCGUUUGGAAAGGGCGCCAACGAGUUCUCGGCGGUCCAAGAAAUAGAGAACUUUUGCGUUGACAACCGAAACAAGAAAAACGAACAAAUCUUGAAGUUUGUCGAUCGAAUUGUGUUCUCCUUGCAUGCCUGGCACGCCGUUUGUCUUUUGUCGGUGAAAUGAACAAGCGUCUGCUUCGUUGUAGCUUUUUUGUUUAUUAAUGCUUUAUUUAUUUACCCGUAUGAAUUUGGUAAUAAACGUUUGUUUGCUUCUUUUGC